AUGAAUGGAAUGCGAUCAAUUUUCUGCUAUUUCUGCUUCGUGAUCAUAUUGGAGAGUGUUGUUCAUGCUGAAGAAUCGAACGACCUGAAUGAAAAUCUACGACUUGAUAUAUCUCGAGGAGUUACGUUGCACGUCGCAAACAAUACAACGAGCAUAGUUAUCAGAAUGUCGACUCUGCUCAAGAAAAACGAUAUAGAACAGAGAAACGUGGGCAGAUUAGGCUUUAAAAAUGGUAUUCUGAAGAGAAUUGGUAUGACGAUGAUGAUGAUUCCGAUGAUAAUACAGUUAAUCACCUUACCGGCUGCCCUAGCGUCCAUCAAAAUGAGUUUGUUACGAAGUUUAUUGGUAGGAAAAAUAGCACUAAUUGUGAUACUCUUCAAUGCGCUGAGGAAUUCGCAAAAAUCAGAGGUGGUAUUGGUCCACAGACCUGAGUAUCACGAACACUAUUACAAUUCUUAUCAUCAACCGGAAGACGACGACGAAGGCUGGGUGGGAAGAUGAAGAAAACGCA